AUGACAUUCAACUUUUCCAUCCGGUCAUUGUUUCCAGUUGUGGCAGUUUUUACAGCAAUUAAAGCUGGAAGAAGCCAGAGAUUUGAAGAUGCUGGAGUAUUUCCUGCUCCUUUACCUAUUUAUCCAUCCAUCAAUUUUCAAAUCUUCAAUGCAGACCAUGUGUUUCUUGCACAAAGUAGUCAAGGAACAUCAACCAACUCAAGCCUCAAAGUUCAGGCUAAGGCAUUUCUUAUUACCAAUCCAGGAGCCCUGAUCCUCCAGCCAGCUAUCAAGGCUUCGUAUGGCCCCCUAGCUGUUGAUGCCACUAUUCCAUCAGACCUGCUUCUUAGUGGACGCAAAAUUCUUGCAGUGAUUUUAGUUCGUCAGAUUCGAUCUCCUUCCCCGUUCAUCAAGAUUCUUUUCCACAUGCCCACAGAAAGCAAUUUAACUUCCAAGCAAGAUAAAAUGGACUCCAACAGAAAUAAUGAGGCUAAGCUCAAUGAUGAAGCUCACUGCGUGACAGCUUAUGCCUUCUGGGAGAUGAAGGAAGUCAGAGGAUCAUGCCUAAUUUCUCCUGGUGGAUUCUGUGUGGCUCAGCUCAAGCCAGAACCAUCUUGGUUUGGAUCUGGAGGCAGAUCUGGAAGCUCAAGCCCGGAAGCAGAUAAAGCGGAAGGAAUCAGAAACCUUCGAGGAAAUCUUGUGGAGGUCUACUUUCAGAGCAGGAGGGACCAGACGGGGCAAUGUGCUCCACAAGACAGUCUGCAAAGAGUAGGAGUAGGAAGAGGGAGAGAGUCUUGGGGGUCGGGGACCCCUUUGCAGAGGAUUGGAAGUGUCACUCUUAUCAAAUCUCAAACAGGCAACCCGACUUUCCUUCGGCUUAGGCUGGGAGGUUCUUUGAUGAUUCAAACUUCUUCCAAGCCCCUAAAAAACGAUGAUGUGGGAACUUUUUACAUAUUCCUGGCUAGUACAUCUACGAUGGAAAAUUUCACUUUGAGGGCUUCUGUAAAAUCAGGCAUGUCCUUCAGUGCGGCUCGGCCUAGUGAUCCUCUACAGUGGGACGUUGUUGUGGAGCCUGGGAGAGGAGCAACUCCAAACACUGUUACAGUCAUCUGCCGUAGGAAGGCUUCCAUUGCCUUGAAAAGGGGUCUUCUGGAGAUUUUUCAGCUAGAUUUUGUGCCAAAAGCUGUCUCCGAGCAGAUUGAGAGUCAGGCCAUCUCCUGGCGUCUGGAGCUGCCAGGGAAUGUCAAAGAUGUUGGCUUAAUGCGGAUCUACACCACCCCAAGAGACUUCAUUGGACUGGCACCUCUGGUGAUGACCUCAGAUAUUUUGAAUACUGCAAUGUUGACGGGGAAAAGGGUGUCAGUUCCUGUGAAAACCGUUGCUGUUGAGGCUGAUGGAACAGUUACAGAUGUGACAAACUCCACCAACUGCAGAUCAACUCAGGCGGACGUGCUCAAGGUCUCAGAACGCUGUAACUAUGUUUUCGUAAAUGGGAAAGAGACGAAAGGCAAAAGCAGCGUGAUGCUCAAUUUCACGUACGGUUUCCUGAGCUCGCAGCUGGAGAUGAGUGUGUGGGUGCCCCGCCUGCCCAUGCUCAUUGACAUCGCUGACCCUGAGCUUAGCCAAAUAAAAGGCUGGAGGGUCCCUGUCACAACUGGCAAUAGAAGAUCUACAUGGGAUAGUGAAGAAGAUGAAGACAUGAGGAAGGGCCGUGGAUGCAUGUUACAGUACCAGCUAUCGACAUUGAGGGUGUUCACGCCCUUUGUGGCCCAAUCUGAUUCUGAGGUUCUGCCAAGUCCAUUUACUGGAGAGAAGUCUGUUGAAUACUUUAUAGGUUCUGAUUGGCAGGUAGAUGUGACAAAUCUUGUACGCAAUGACCUAAAAGUAAUAAACCCUGAAAUCGCUAAAGUGCAAGAUGGGAUCAUACUGCAAGGACGGGCCGUGGGGACCACUGUUUUGCAGGUGUUGUCCCCACUGACAUCGUCUGUCCUGGCUGAGAGAAGCAUUAGGGUGAUGGAUGAUAAAGUGAGCGUGACAGAACUAGGGGUGCAGUUGGUUUCCGGACUCUCUCUGUCUCUUCAGUUCAGCCCCGAGAGCAACAGGGGUAUUGUUGCCACGACGACCAUGAGGGAGACAAUCACAGAGCUCAAACAAGAAGCAGUGGUCAGUUGCUGGAUUCAGUUUAGCGAUGGGGCAGUUGCUCCACUGGAGCUUUUUGACCGGAGUGUCUACUCUCUCACUGUUUCCACCAAUGAUGAGAGGGUGGCCACUGUGCGGCGUACUCCCCUCUCCACAUUUGUGGUUGCACAAGGCGAAGGUGAAGGCCGUGGAAGGCAGGUGAGGGUGGAGCUGAGGAUCUGUGAAGAAUGCCAGAAGUCUAAGAGGAAGAGUAAGCUAGCAGUGGGGGCAGGAAUUCUCAAGACCAACUUUCAAAAUAGCAGACAUAAAGCAGGAGGUGCAAAUAAAAAUAUGGGAUCAACGGGUGAAGUUGAAACAGCAAUGACCUCACAAAAAAAUGUCACAGUGAUGGAUAAAAGGCCAACAACUAACCUGCAGUCUGUUAUGGUCGAAAGCACAGCCACGACAAUUUCAAACAGCUAUUUGCAAACACCUCCAGUAUGGGUUGGAAAAACAAAACCUACAGGAGCUUUUGCAUCUGGUGUCAAUAGCAUGGUCACUCAAACAACCAUGAAGAAAAUAUGGUCUGAUGCACAGUUGAACACUGCCAAACCAACAGUGAGCUUUGUCAGUAAAAGAGAUGGGAAGAAGAACCAAUAUGGGAGCAUGCUUGACAACUCAAAUACAUCCUCUAACUAUAAUGCUCCUGGAGGUGACAAACCUGAGAAAGAGACUCCCAAUACUAAAACACCGAAAGUAAUUGGAAGCGACAUCAUCAGAACAUUCAAAGCCCUGUCAGACUUAGAAAUUGGCAUAUAUUCCUUGAUAGGGGUCUCUUGUGUUGGUAUUAUGGCUUUUCUGCUCAACUGUGCUUCAUAUAAGCUGUGCUUUAGGAAACAGAAGACCCCCAUACAGACAGGUCCAGCUCCCCAUGCAGACCCGAAGGACCACAAGCAUGACUGGGUUUGGAUGGGGGGCAACAGUCAUAGCACCACUACACCUGUUGCUCCGGUUGCUCCGACUCAAGUCUCAACAUUAAAACGUGAGCCUCACCGCCCCCUUGAGUCCCACCAUUCAAUAGAUUCAAUUGGUCCCGGUGGUUUGCAGGGGUCUUUGCCAACUGUUAGUGCCCCAGCUGUCCCAGAAAGAACCGCUACAUUAGGACGCUGCAGGAGCAGCUCCCAACACCAGUUUAAAGCAAAGGCAAUAGACCCUAUGGCAAACAGGUCAGCCACUUUGCUUGCAAGGCCACACCGCAGUGAACCUCUGCAUUCUCCCACGAGCAAGAGAAAUCAGGUCCAGUUCACCACUUUUACAACUCUGGACAUAAAGCACUUGGCUGCGCUAAAGAAGAAUGGUGUGGACUUAAACUGGGCUAACCAGAAGACGCAGCAGCAGCCCGCUCCUCAUCCCCAGACACCUUUACCUGACAUGCCUUGGCCUGUUGUGACACCAUUAGGAGAACCCCAGUGAGUUUACUGAAGUGGCCAUACUGUAAACUCUAUGUUUGCAUGGGAGGAAUAUGGUGCCUUUUAAAUAUUCAUACCUGUUGAUCUUUCCACAUUUGGUAACAUCUCUGCCAUAAUCUCAUAUAUAUUUCAUUGUGAAGUGGAAAGGAUUCAUGCUUCUUUUAUUUUUAAACACUGAAUUCUAAAAAGUGCUGUGUGAAAUUAUGUUCAGCUUCUGAAAUGCAUUGCUUUGUUGCACCACCUUUUGUUGUGGCUGUAAUUGCAACCCUUUUGGAGUAUACAUCUAUCAGCUUUGCACAUCUAGAGGCCCACUGUUUUUUGCAAAAUAUGUCAUGCUCAGAUUGGAUAAAUAGCAUCUG